AUGUUCAAAAGAUUUAAAUCUACUAAACCCCCAUCUUUUCACAAACAAGGUGGGUCAACUGUUAGGAUUCAGUCACCACAGCUGCAUCUUAAAAACUCAAAGCCAAAGGAAUCCCCAUUUGUUCAAGAGCUUGUGCUCACAGGAAGACCUAACUGGGAAAAAGCCCCACCACAAUUGAAACAACGGUACAAAGGUAUAUUUCUUGUUCUUUUGUCAGUCCCAAUUAUAUUCAUCACUAGUUUUGAAAUGUACCAAAGACUUGAAGGGCAGUCAACUAAAAAGAUUCAGCAAGGUGAAAAACUACCAAAUGGAGUCAACAGAGAUUUUGAUGAGGUUGAAAAGUACAAGGUGGAGAAGGAAUCAGUAAUGUACAAACUAUUUGGCAAAGAUUUCUUUUUAGAUGGAUUUACAAGCAAAACUAUGAAAGUUGAUAAUGAUGACAAAAAGAGGUGA